AUGGAUGUGGGUUUAUCGGCCAUUACAUUCUAUCUCGACAACGGCAGCAGCCCUGCGGUGGCGAAGACCAUGGACCGAGAGCCAGUGAGCGCUGUCCAAGGAGGGGAAGCAGAGGCAGUCUCAGGGGCGGUGGCUGCUGCGGCGUUCAGGGACUCUACGCGUCAGGUGAGUAGUGAGAGAGGCUUUGAAAAUGUAGAGCUGGGAAUUGUAGGAAAAAAGAAGAAAGUCCCAAGAAGAGUCAUCCAUUUUGUAAGUGGUGAAACAAUGGAAGAAUAUAGCACAGAUGAAGAUGAAGUUGAUGGUCUAGAGAAGAAAGAUGUAUUGCCUACUGUUGAUCCGACAAAACUUACCUGGGGCCCCUAUUUAUGGUUUUACAUGCUUCGGGCUGCCACAUCCACUCUCUCAGUGUGUGACUUUCUUGGAGAGAAGAUUGCAUCUGUUUUGGGCAUCAGCACCCCAAAAUAUCAGUAUGCCAUUGAUGAGUAUUACCGGAUGAAGAAGGAGGAAGAAGAGGAGGAAGAAGAAAACAGGAUGUCUGAAGAAGCUGAAAGACAGUAUCAGGAACAACAGAAGAAGAUGCAGGCUGAUUCCACUGUUCAGACAGAUCAGCCAGAAACAAUGGUUCCCACUUCAUUUGUGAAUAUCAAUUUUGAAAUGGAGGGAGAGUGUGAAAUAAUUAGGGAAAACAAACAAAACCCAGUCUCUGCCCCACCAUAGAAAUGAAACAAUUAU